UGUACCUCACGCUGGCACGCACCCUCGCGACGUUGCACGUUUUCGGCAUGCGGCGACUGGCAUGGUGCUCCAGUCCCAAACAGUUUGCAGUGUCGCUCGACCUGCGUGGUGAAACUGUCACACUUCCCUAACAGUAUUUGACUUGAAGCGAGUGCUCCACUUGUUAAAGCAGCAAUCACUUGCGUCGACUAGGGUCGUCCCGUUCCUCAGACAAACGAGUCGCUUGACACAAUUGCAAGCAUGAACACGACACUCCGCUCGUCUCUGAAGUCCAGCGUGGCCGGCCGUGAGGCCUCUGGCCGCCGGCAAGCACGCCUCCCCGCGCCUGUGUCGCGUGUCGGCCCCUGCCGCCCCGUCGCGACGCUGGCUGCGCCUCCUCCGGCUUCCAGCCAUGCUGCGGCUCCUGCUGCAACUGCUAGCAAGCUCGAGCUGUCUGAGUUAACCGCGGUCAGCCCGCUGGACGGCCGCUACGGCCGCCUGAGCGCGCCCCUGCGCAACAUCUUCUCCGAGUACGGCCUCAUCCGCUUCCGCAUCCUGGUGGAGUGCCGCUGGCUGCAGCAGCUGUCGCGCAUCCCCGCCGUGACCGAGGUGCCGCCCUUCUCGGCCGCCGCCAACGCCGUGCUGGACAAGUUGUGCACGCCCGAGGGCUGCACGCCCGAGAUCGCGCUGCGGGUCAAGGCGAUUGAGAAGACCACCAACCAUGACGUGAAGGCCGUGGAGUACGUGCUCAAGGAGCAAUUCCGCGCCCACCCCGAGCUGGCGGCGGUGCUGGAGUUCACCCACUUCGCCUGCACCAGCGAGGACAUCAACAACCUGAGCCACGCGCUGAUGCUCAAGGAGGCGGUGCAGGGCCACGUGCUGCCCACCAUGGACAAGCUGAUCUCCGAGCUGGGCCGCCUCUCCCGUGACUUUGCGGACGUGCCCAUGCUGUCGCGCACACACGGCCAGACCGCCUCGCCCACCACCAUGGGCAAAGAGAUGGCGGUGUUCGCCUACCGCCUGAAGCGCCAGCGCGAUCAGCUGGCGGCGGUGCCGUACCUGGGCAAGAUGGCGGGCGCCGUGGGCAACUACAACGCCCACAUGAGCGCCUACCCCGAGGUGGACUGGCAGGCGGUGGCGGAGGAGUUCGUGCCCUCGCUGGGCCUGGAGUUUAACCCCUACGUGACCCAGAUCGAGCCGCACGACUACAUCGCCGAGCUGUACUCGGCCAUCAUCCGCUUCAACAACAUCCUCAUCGACUUUGACCGCGACGUGUGGGGCUACAUCAGCCUGGGCUACUUCAAGCAGCGCACCAUCGCCGGCGAGGUGGGCUCCUCCACCAUGCCGCACAAGGUGAACCCCAUCGACUUUGAGAACAGCGAGGGCAACCUGGGCCUGGCCAACGCGCUGAUGGACCACCUGAUCAACAAGCUGCCCAUCAGCCGCUGGCAACGCGACCUCACCGACUCCACCGUGCUGCGCAACCUGGGCGUGGGCAUCGGGCACGCGCUGCUGGCCUACGCCGCCAGCCUCAAGGGCAUCUCCAAGCUGCAGAUCGACACGGCGCGCCUGGCCGCCGACCUGGACAACAGCUGGGAGGUACUGGCCGAGCCCAUCCAGACCGUCAUGCGGCGGUACGGCGUGCCCGAGCCCUACGAGAAGCUCAAGGCCUUCACCCGCGGCCAGCGCGUCACGCAGGAGUCGAUGAUGACCUUCGUGGAUGGCAUUGACGGCCUGCCGCAGCCCGCCAAGGAGCAGCUGAAGAAGCUGACGCCCGCCAACUACAUUGGCAACGCCGCCCAGCAGGCAACCAGCCUGCCGCACCACCUCUGAACAGCGGCGGCAGACUAGCGCGCCGCACCGCGAACGAAACGCGGCGGCGGAUUGCGUCUGGGGCUUGGGGCGAACGCCCGAGCCUGGAGCUCGGGCGAAGUCCAGUUUGAGGCUGGGCAUGUGGGCAAGCGGGCAUCAGCAGCUGGAGGGCAGCUGAAGCGCUGGCCAGAGGGCAGUUGGAUGGAGCAGCGGGUUGGCAGGCUUUGCUCGCGGUGAAUACGUUGGGCGCAGCGGGCCAGGUGUGCCGUAAGGAGGUACCGCGGGCGCCGUGAGGGGGCUUGGAAGGGGAAUGCGCGCGUGUUUGGGGAUCGAACAUGCGUCGUGUUUACUGCAGGCUGGGUGUGAGUGACACGAGUACGCGAGCAGCAGCAGAGGGACGUUGACGGCGAACAAAAGCGGGCGGCGUGUGUCCUGCUUCGCUCUGGCCUCUGGCGAGCUGGCUGUGGGGCCACAGCAGUCGCCUGGAGCCCUAGACCUUGACAUCUCGCAGCGGUUACAGGAUCAGUGACGUCUUGGGCGGCUCAUUGCGGUUUAGACGGUGUAUUGGAGCUUGGGUGUGGGCGUUGGGUCGCGCACCACUAUAAGGACGGGUUUGUGCGUUGUGGCAUGCGUUAGCAUGUGUUAAGCAUGGAAAUUCCGCAUGCGGCAAGCACCAAAAGUGCGUGCGGUACGCAGGAGGAAGCACACCGCUCACCAGUGUUUCCAAAACCGGGUACUAGUACCCAUUCGGGUACUGAGAAAAUAAUUCGCCGAAACUGACGCGGGUACUGGAAACUAAUUAUUGGGGCCUCGAGUACCCACACGGGUACCAAAAAUUUAAUCCGCCGGACCCU